AUGUUGGCUUUCUUUGGUGGUAUAGUUGGCCUCUUUGAGGACACCAACCUGUGUGCCAUCCACGCCAAGAGGGUUACCAUCAUGCCCAAAGACAUCCAACAUUCUCUUUCAUGUGGAAUAAGCCUGUCUGAAUGGCAUAAUGAUCUCAUCGAAUGUGAACCUGGUUCAGGCUUCUUUCCAUGUGGCAACCUCACUCAAUGUGUGGCUCAGCAGUUCCAAUGCGAUGGCAUCGAACAUUGCCCAAACGCAGCUGACGAAACAGGCUGUGCUAUCGACGACGGGUGGGUUAAUCAGUUCGACUAUCGGCAUCCAAUUUUUGUGACAGAGUUUGAACCGGCUAACAUGGUCAACGCUUGUGCGUUGCCGUAUUAUCCAGAGUUAUGCAGAUGCAACAAGCUUACGCAGCUCGAUUGCUCUAACCUUAGUAUGACAAAAAUAUCCCGUGAUAUUCCUUCAAAUGUCACCAGACUCUACCUGAAAUUUAACAGCAUAGAGCGUAUUGAUAGUUCGACAUUUGCACCAAUCCCGUCGCUUGUCUAUCUAAAUUUGAUGGGAAAUCGGCUACGUGAAAUACCCGCGAAUUCUUUUCAUUAUCUUCACGAGCUCACUACGCUUUACCUAUCUGAAAACAACAUAACCAUCAUUGAAAGAGGAGCAUUUCUUGGUCUCCAUGGACUUCAUUGGUUGUUUCUAAAUGGGAAUAAAUUAACGAGUCUACAACCGGGAAUGUUCACCGGGCUGAAGGACCUAUACUGGUUGGAUCUUCGUAGCAAUGAGAUUAAAGACUUAAACCACGGUGCUGCACUCAGAGAUUUACACUCCGUUGCAUGGGUUGACUUUGAAGGUAAUGACAUACGGUCUAUCGAAGUGGAUUCGUUUGCUGGAAACACGUCUCUAACAGUUCUAGUGUUGAAAAAUAACAGCAUAAGCUCGAUUGCAGAAAAUGCUUUCAAGUCUCAGGAAACACUUAUUGAACUUGAUUUGUCUAACAAUUACAUAUCGCAUCUACCAAUGGGAGUUUUUAACCACCUUCACCAACUUCAGAUUUUGAGACUCAAAAAUAACUCAGUGAUGUCAUUUCCCACAGGCCUCUUCGAUGGGCUAGAUAAUCUUAUUGAUUUAGAUCUAGGAGGAAUAACUAUCACAGAUAUAAGCGUGGAUAUGUUCAAAGAUCUAACUAAAUUAGAAAAGGUGGCUUUCGCAAAGUUCGAGUACUGUCGCUACGCUCCUCAUGUUCGUACCUGUACACCGCGAUCUGAUGGAAUCUCGUCGUUCGAGAAUCUCUUGAAAAACGUGAUUCUACGAGUUUUUGUAUGGACUAUAGGUAUCAUCACCAGCGUGGGUAAUCUAGGUGUACUGGUCAGCCGUGCUUUCAUGAAGGCAGAAAAUAAAGUCCAUACGGUCGUCGUCAUAAAUUUAUGCACUGCUGAUUUUUUGAUGGGUCUGUAUUUGCUCAUCAUUGGAACGCAAGAUGUAAAAUACCGAGACAACUACAACCAAUACGCGCUGGAAUGGACCAACGGUAUUACCUGCAAGGUUUCAGGUCUGCUGGCUAUCAUUUCCAGUGAGGUGUCCGUCCUGACUCUCAUGUUCAUAUCUCUAGAACGCUACUUCAUCAUAGUAUAUCCAUACAGCUUUCAGAGAAUUAAAGCCAAGCGUGCAAUUCUCAUCUUAGCCGUCAUCUGGUUCAUCGGGACUCUUCUCGCUGUCUUUCCAAUGAUUCCCGUAGCAUACUUCGGGAACUUCUAUGGGAGCAAUGGUGUCUGUUUCCCGCUUCAUCUCCACGAUCCGAGAAUGCAGGGAUGGGAAUACUCGGCGUUUCUCUUCCUGGGAGUCAACACAACUACCUUUUUCGUUAUAGUUGUGUCGUAUACAGCCAUGUUUCUUAGCAUAAGGAAAACAAGAAGAGCAGCGGCUCAGUGCGGCGUGAAGGAUGACAUGGCGUACGCCAAGCGUUUUUUUUUCAUCAUUCUCACCGAUUCUUUAUGCUGGUUGCCCAUCGCAAUCCUCAAGAUAAUGUCUCUCUAUAACUACAUCAUUUCAGAAACCCUCUACGGUUGGAUCGUGGUCUUUGUCUUGCCUAUCAACAGUGCCCUGAACCCUAUUCUCUACACACUCAGUACCACCUCCUUCGCCAAUUGGUUCAUGCGCCAGGUCAAACGUUGUACGGUGAAGAGGUCAGAGGGCUACAUAGACAUCUCGCUUGAACAAUCAAAUGGAAGAGACCGAAGCAGAGACUUCACUUCCUUCACUGAAAUGCGCCGAAAUUCUUCUCUGCGUCCCAAACCUUCCAGCGUUCGAUUCUGCGAUCCUUCUGGCAUCGUCAAAGAUGCAUCGCCAGCGAAGGUUACCAGUAUCUGAACUUUGCAAUCGUUUUUUUCGUUAUAACGAAUCACUGCCAGCUACGGCCCGAGGUGUUUGAGCGUUGUCGGCCAAGUUCUGUUGCCGCCAACAAAGAAUCACCAGCUAUAAGAUCACCAGUGAUCGGACAAAAUCGGUCGUUUUUUUGCUUGGUUACCAGUACUUCAGUGGGCAUGGUCAAGAUCUGCCGCUAACAAAGACUCGCCAGCUUUGAUUAUCAGUAUCUGAACAGAGGUGGCUAAGUUCUCUUGCUUCUGAUGUAUCAUCGCUAGCUUUGGUUACCAGUAUUUGGACAGGGAUAGUCAAGUUCUUUUCCUGUCAACAAAGACGCACCUACUGUCAUCAAUGAUAUUUGAACAGGAAUGGUCGAGUUCUGUCGCCGUCAAAGUACAUCAUCAGAAAUGGUCAUCCGUAUCUGAACAGGAACGCAUUGCAUUGUUUUUUCUGUCAACGCAUCAUCGCUAACUUUGGUUGCCAUUACUUGAUCAGGAAUGGUCAAGUGUUGUCGUUACAAAUCAUCGCAAGCUUUCGUUUCAUACCUGUAUUUGAACAGGAGAGGUCAAGUUGGGUCUCGGUCAACAAAUGAAUGCCAGCUGAGGUCAACAUAAUAUACUUAAACAGGUGUGCCUAAGUGCUGUCUGUCGCUUUCAAGGAAUUAUUUCUAUUAUAACCCCCAGUAAUUUAAACAAAAAUUGUCAAGUCUUUUUCACCGAUCAUCAUUAGCCAUGGUCACCUAACAGACAUGGCAAAUUUCUGCCGCUCUCAACAAUGAAUCACAACUCAUGGUCAGCAGUAUCAAACACAAGUGGUCAAAAUCUGUCAACGAGGAAUCGCAAGCGACGAUCUUUAGCAUUUGAGUUGGAAUGGUCAGGUUCUGUCGCUUUCAAGAAAGCAUCUUCAGCUUUGGUUUCCUGUAUUCCAGAAGGAACGGCCAAUUUAUUCCACUGGCAAAGAAUCAUCGCAUGCUAUGUCUGCCAGCAUUUUGGAGAGGAAUGGUCAAAGUAACAAUGUGCAUCGCCAUAACUAUGAUCACCCACAUAUUGAACAGGAGUGGUUAGUGCUGUCGCUAUUACCGAUCAUCGCCAGCUAUGAUCACGAGUAUCUUAACAAACAGGAGUUGCCACGCUGUUUCGGAAACGGUCAGUUCUGCCGCUGCCAAAGAUUCAGCGCCAGCUAUGGUCACCAGCCGUAACCUUAUUUAUCAACAGAAGGUCGAAUAAAUAUGAAGAACAUUAUUGCACUAACUUGCCUAAAUUAAGUUGCGACAAACUACUGAUAAGGUGACAGUGCCUGAUUCUAUUUAGAAAUCAGAACUGUGUUGCUCUAGUCUAUAGAACAGUGUUGAUCUACCGAGGUAUGGUAUUGAGCAAAGAACAUAAUCAUUAAAUGAA